UGCAACCCAUCCAGGUUCUGUACUUCGCGAGAAUCUCUCUGCUAAACCGCUUUGUCCUUGCUAACCACAGCACAAUUUUGUUUUCACCGCAAACCCAGUUUAUCAGGUCCAACGGACUUGCGUGAUGAGCUUUGAGAGCUCUGGGGCAAGGCCAAGCGGUGAGACGAGUUACCCAGCGUUCAGAAAUCCCGACGCCGAUCCGAUGAGGCCCAGCCUCGCCGCUUGCUCCGGCCUCGGCCCGGCCACCGAUGUUGAUGGGGUCGCUCCUUCUGGGCCGGUCGACGGCCGUGUCCUCUUCCCAAACGACAGUCGAAACAACCGAAACAACGGCAGCUCUUGGUUGCGAAAAAUACCGAAACAAAAGUCAGAGCAGGAAGGCGGCAAGUCCACACUCACAAACGAGGUAUAUCCGUACAUUUACUCAAUCUAUGGUGUCCGGGUGCAAACCCGAAGCAGUUAUCCCGAAUGCGUUGAGCGACCGUUCGCUGCCGAGCCGAAGAUAGAAACGAGGUAUGGACUACCGGAGGCCGGCUCGAUGACCUGUCGGCCACCCCCACCUUUCUCCCUUCCCGGCGUCUUGCAGAUGCACAUUUAUGCAGCGCCGGAAGCGAGAUCGCCGCUUGGGGAUGGCAGGUCGAAUCAUGAGUCCUCGUGGAGAAAACUCUUCCUCGUCGAGUGAUCUGAAUGCCAUGUAUUCGAUUGUACACACCGCUUCCAAGAGUCACAGAGGGUCAGCUGAGUGCGCCGCACAGAAGACAACCAGGGUAACAAUACAGCCAACAACGGCCCUGGCUUCUAUCUCAGGUAGGUCGAAUCCCAGAGCAGAGAGUCUUCGGCUGCGGGAGGGCUACCUUAGCAUUGCACAUCCUCCCCAGCAGCCUCCUGGACCGC